GUAGGCCUGGGAUGUGGAGGCGCGUUUGCGGUGGCCUCGCUGCAAGGCGUCCGUCUGGGGACAUGCUGCUGCUGAAGAAACACACGGAGGACAUCAGCAGCGUCUAUGAGAUCCGCGAGAGGCUCGGCUCGGGUGCCUUCUCCGAGGUGGUGCUGGCCCAGGAGCGGGGCUCCGCACACCUCGUGGCCCUCAAGUGCAUCCCCAAGAAGGCCCUCCGGGGCAAGGAGGCCCUGGUGGAGAACGAGAUCGCAGUGCUCCGUAGGAUCAGCCACCCCAACAUUGUUGCUCUGGAGGAUGUCCACGAGAGCCCUUCCCACCUCUACCUGGCCAUGGAACUGGUGACGGGUGGCGAGCUGUUUGAUCGCAUCAUGGAGCGCGGCUCCUACACAGAGAAGGAUGCCAGCCAUCUGGUGGGUCAGGUCCUCGGCGCCGUCUCCUACCUGCACAGCCUGGGGAUCGUGCACCGGGACCUCAAGCCCGAAAACCUCCUGUAUGCCACGCCCUUUGAGGACUCAAAGAUCAUGGUCUCUGACUUUGGACUCUCCAAAAUCCAGGCUGGCAACAUGCUAGGCACCGCCUGUGGGACCCCCGGAUAUGUGGCCCCAGAGCUCUUGGAGCAGAAACCCUACGGGAAGGCCGUAGAUGUGUGGGCACUGGGCGUCAUCUCCUACAUCCUGCUGUGUGGGUAUCCCCCCUUCUACGACGAGAGCGACCCUGAACUCUUCAACCAGAUCCUGAGGGCCAGCUAUGAGUUUGACUCUCCUUUCUGGGAUGACAUCUCAGAAUCAGCCAAAGACUUCAUCCGGCACCUUCUGGAGCGAGACCCCCAGAAGAGGUUCACCUGCCAACAGGCCUUGCAGCAUCUUUGGAUCUCUGGGGACACAGCCUUCGACAGGGACAUCUUAGGCUCUGUCAGUGAGCAGAUCCAGAAGAACUUUGCUCGGAUGCACUGGAAGCGAGCCUUCAAUGCCACCUCAUUCCUGCGCCACAUCCGGAAGCUGGGGCAGAGCCCAGAGGCCGAGGGGGCCUCUGAGCAGGGCCUGGCCCGCCACAGCCACUCAGGCCUCCAUACUGGCCAGCCCCCCAAGUGGUGAUCCCCAGGCAGAUGCCAAGGCCAAGUGGACUGACCCCCAGAUUUCCUUCCCUUGGAUGCUUUUGGUCCCCUCCCCCAACCCUUCACCCCUGGGGCUGGCCUCUGCUGGAGUUUGAGAUUCGAGGGUGUGGCGCAUGGUGCUGGGGUUGGAAUGGAGCACCCCCAAGUCUGUCCCCAGGCUCUGCCCUGCCUGGGGGCAGUGGAUCCCCUCCCCUGUUGCCUCUCCCGCCCCUGCCCCCCACCCCACCAAAAGCCGAGGAGGUGCUGGCAGGCGGGCCUCAGGGGCUGUCUUUCCUGCACGGCUGUUCUGUGCUUCGCUGAGUGUGGGUGGUCCUGCUUGUGUCAUGGUCAUGGCCUUCCAGCCCCCUCCAGUUUUCCCCAAACCAAUAAAGAAAGAUACAGCAA